GAAGCCCAGCCGUGCGCGCAGCCCGCGCUAGCUCUCGCCAGCCCAGCCAUGCUCCGGCUCUCGCCAGCGGCGACUGCGCUCCUCGUAAUGUCCUUGGCCGUAAUUUUGCAUGAUGGUAGCCGAAUGAGUGUGAAGGCGCUUUCUGGAAUCAGAGCCCAUCUUCAGUCCACAACGACAGCAGUACGGACCAGAGCACUGCCUUCUCUCCUGCAACAGACUCACCCCAUGCCCAACAGUACUUUGCCAGAGAGUUCAACAGAUGGACCUGUCACCUCUGCAGUGACUGCCAUGACCACCAGCCCUGAAAACUCAACCACACACAUGGUGAAAAUCUUAACCACCCUGGGAAUGACCAACAGUACCCCCUCCACCAUCCCAGUUAUGACCCACACCCUAGUCACAACUCAGGCCACAACCAACAAUUCACACCCAGCUACUCCGGUCACAGAAGCUACAAUCGGCCCCAGCUUAGCUACUCAUGCCCAGCCACCCACUACCACUCCUUGUGGCAAUACAACUGGAAGGGAUCCAUCAACUGUUCGCCACACAACUGGGAAAACAACCCAACACAGGAAGCAGACCACCAUCCUGACAACUCUGGCCACAGAGCCACAUGGAAACACAACCAGUCAGAAGUCUGUCCAAACCUCCCACACCCCAGGAACAGCAUCACACAAUGCCACCCAGACCAUUUCCCCUGCCUCCAUCCUUACUGGACCCACCCUUGCACCCCGGCCUACAUCAGCCAAGACUGGAACUUAUCAAGUUCGAAAUGGGAGCAGACUCUGUAUAAAAGCAGAGAUGGGGUUACAACUGGUUGUUCAAGACAAAGAGGCGGUCUUCUCACCUCAGAGAUACUUCAACAUCGACCCCAACACAACCCAAGUUUCUGGGAACUGUGGCUGCCGAAAAUCCAACCUCUUUUUACAUUUCCAGGGUGGACUUGUGAAUUUCACAUUUACCAAGGGUGAAAAGUCAUAUUACAUCAGUGAAGUGGAAGCCUUUUUGACCAUCUCAAAUCCAGAGAAAACUUACAAAGGGAUGGAGAAAGCUGUGGUGGUGUUUGAGACGCUGGUCGGGCAUUCCUUCAAGUGUGUGAGUGAGCAGAGCCUGCAGCUGUCACCCCUGCUUCAGCUAAAAACCACCAACGUCCAACUGCAGGCUUUUGAUUUUGAAGGAGAUCACUUUGGAAAUGUGGAUGAGUGUUCGUCUGACUACACAGUCGUGCUUCCUGUCAUUGGGGCCAUCGUGGUCGGCCUCUGCCUUGUGGGGAUGGGUGUGCAUAAAAUCCGCCUAAAGUGUCAAUCAUCCGGAUAUCAGAGAAUCUAACUGGUGCCGGGGGAGACGAAAACAAUGACGUUUAGAGGAUUCCUUCACCGUCUCUGGAAAGUUGGGAGCUUCCUGGGGAGUCCUCCCGAACAAUGUGAACCCCAAUCUUCCACUAAAACCAAGUGAGCCUUUUGUUGCGUAAGCUCACACGGCACAUCCAUUUCUAUUUUUUUUUCUAGUUUUGUGAAAGAUUGAGCCAGAUCUUUAAGAGUAUUUUUGAAAAAAAAAUUUUUUUGGAUUUCCUUUGAAAUAUUUUAAUCCCUGAAAAUCCACAUGAGAUAUGUUGAAUUAACAGAAUAUAUAUGAAGUAGUGUAUGCUUCCAAAUAAUAUACCGAAGUGUCAGCUUUCCUUAAUGUUACCUGUCGUUUGCAUUGAGAAUUUUGUUUUCCCUUUAACAUUUUCCACUUUAAAACGUUUGCGUCUUUGUCAAAUGGCCUGCCAGUGCUUUGGCCGUGUUACAUUUGACUGGUGUGAUGAUUAGGUCCUCCAGCUCCUGAAAAGUUUUUGUUUUUUGCUUUAAAAAAUUGUCGAAAAGAACAACAUAACAGAUUGUCUAGGAUUUUAAACAGAAACUAUAAGAGGACCCCAUUAGCUUAUAUAUUUUGUUUUAAUGAUUUCUGUUCCAAAAUCACUAGACUUGUAAGAAUUCCGUGGCUACAGAUAUCAGAAUCCAAUCAAAAGCAAGCCACAGUCAUUGUGGCCCUUAUUAGUGAACACACAUGUACAAGACACUAAUUAAGCCCUCUUAUGGGAACCAGAGAAGGCUCUGUACAGCUUUGCUAAUCUGUGGCAAGGAAAGCAGCAACAUUCUCAAAAUCUUGAAUUUCUUCAAAAGCGGAAAUGUCCCCAUUAAUAACGUUCCUUCUUAAAAAGGGCUCCUCCUUGUGGCCACGUGCUGCUGCUGCAUGCUUACAUCCCCAAGUUCUGAUGUUGGCUUUAAGUGCACAGCGAAGCAUAAGAAUUUUGUUCCUGCUGGGUUUUGGUGCUUAAGAAAGGAGCUAAGCUGAGAUUUGUAGCAGGAAAGACCACAGAACACUAGACUUCUUUAGCAACGGGAUAAUUCACGUCAACCUAGAGAACAUACUGACUUUCCUGAUUGGUUCCCCUGCAAAGCAAUGGGGUUGGUGAGGGCCUGUCGUUCAUUUGAAUACAAUAUUGGAUUGUAUAGCUUUUACAAUAAAAAUUUAUU